AUGGCUCCUAAGAAGAAGACCAAGACACCGUCAGGUGCAGCGAGCGCAUCUCUUCCCGGCUCAACCCAGCCCACGCGCCAGCUACCAAACUGGCCUGCUUUGAGCCCUCUGAUACCAGAGUCGGAUGUUGCGCUUGAAGAGUCGGUUCCCAACCAGAUUGUCACCAUCCCCAACCUAUGGACGGCAUCCUUGUGCAGGAAUUACGUCUCGUUCCUCUCUUCGCUCCCCUUGACCACGACGCCAGGAAAGCCGAAGAAAGGCGACGCGGUGCGAGUGAACGACCGCUAUCAGAUCGACGACGCUGCCUUUGCAGAGAAGUUAUGGACCGAGACUGCGCUCGAGGGUCUGAUCACCGGCGCUGCCCUAAGCGACGAACAACGGAAGGAGCUGUGGGGCGGCCAAGUCGUGGGCCUCAAUCCCAACAUUCGCAUCUACCGUUACUCCAGGGGACAGUUCUUCGACCAACACUAUGAUGAUUCCAACAACGUCACCAUGCCGGGCAACCCGCCUGUGGCAACGCGUACCACCUGGACAUUGCUUCUCUACCUCACUUCGCCCGCCACGGGAUGCAUCGGUGGAGAGACAGUCUUCUAUCCAGAACCACCAAAGAAGAAGAGCAAGGAUCCACCUCCUGAUCCCAUUGCAGUUGGGCUUCAGGUUGGACUUGCAUUGCUGCAUCGUCAUGGCGCCGACUGCAUGCUGCACGAGGGACGUGAAGUCACCAGCGGCGAGAAAUGGGUCAUCAGAACCGACUUGUGUGUCAAGCGUUGA